UUCUGGGGGGCUUGGCCGGAGAAUGGCGUCGUCGUCGUCAUCGUCAAACUCCGGAGUUCCACCGGGGUUCCGGUUCCACCCAACCGAGGAGGAGCUCCUCCUCUACUAUCUACAGAAGAAGGUCUCAUCUGAGAAGUUCGAUUUGGAGGUGAUUAGGGAGAUUGAUUUCAAUAAGAUAGAGCCAUGGGAUUUGCAAGAGAGAUGUAGAAUUGGAUCCACACUCGAAAACGAAUGGUAUUUCUUCAACCACAAGGAUUGCAAGUACCCCACCGGCUCGAGGACCAACCGCGCCACCAACGCCGGCUUUUGGAAGACCACCGGCCGGGACAAGUGCAUCAGAACCAGCUACAAGAAGAUCGGCAUGCGCAAGACCCUCGUGUUCUACCGCGGCCGCGCCCCCCAUGGCCAAAAGACUCAUUGGAUCAUGCAUGAAUACCGCCUUGAAGAAGACUCCGGUGCCACCGCCGGCAGCAGCAGCAGCAAUGCCGAGGGAGGCUGGGUGGUGUGCCGGGUGUUCAAGAAGAAGUGCUUCUUUAAGCCUGGGACCGAGAGCAGAGCAAGCCAAGGCUCGGAGAACUACAUGAUGACCACAGCCAGCCAUGGCCAGCUUUGGCCAUUAAGCUCUCAAUGCAUCCAUCCACACCCAGCCUCUAACCAUUACUAUUCUCAGUUGCCCCUGCAAUCCUACUCUCAUGCCCAGGUGCAGGACCUGCUGAGCAACCACAGGCCGACGGGCUGCAACUUCUCCGUGCUCCCCGGCGAGUCCUCGGCGAUGGUCAGGCCUUACGAAGGAGAGCUCCAGGCCGGGGCCAUGCAGCCUGUGGGGGAGGGGAUCAGGGAUCAGAGCCUGAAUGAUUGGGCAGUGAUCGGCGGCGUUGAUAGGAGGUUUGGAAGCGUCGGAGGUGCCGCUGUGCAGCAGAUGAAUCAGGUUUCCGGCCAACAUGGUGGUGAGAUGGAUUUGUGGGGAUAUGGCAAGUAAAUUCAGAUUCUUAAAUAUAAUGGGAAUUUAACACCAUGUUCUUUCUUUGAUCGGACUUUAAUACAACACAUAUUCAUACAAGA